AUGGAACUUCUUGAGAAGUACAAAGCAUUGUUCGAAAAACAGAUGCAGGAACUCGAGCUCCGAAUGCCUCUAAUGGACGCCUUCACCCUGAUACCUCCCUACCAGAAGUUCCUGAAGGAUGCAGUGAUGGAACGGAUCAAGCAAGUCCAAGGAAUGGUUAUACUCAAUCACGAGUGCAGUGCUAUAAUCCAAAGGACUGCAGCACCCAAGAAACUGAGCAAUCCGGGGUCGUUCACAUUACCUUGCUCGAUUGGCCCUUUGAAUUUUGGAAGAUGUCUAUGCGAUUUGGGGGCAUCAGUUAGCUUAAUGCCUCUAACUGUAGCCAAACGCCUUGGGUUCGAGAAAUUCAAACCAACUGACAUACAACUAUUUCUAGCAGACCGAACUACAAGGUUGCCAAGUGGAGUGUUGGAAGACCUGCCGGUCAAGAUAGGAUCAAUAGACGUACCAACCGACUUCGUAGUUUUGGAAAUGGAUGUAGAACCAAGGGAUACACUUAUAUUUGGACGACCAUUUUUGGCCACCGUGGGGGCAAUGAUAGACGUGAGGAACGGGAAGAUCGAGCUGAAGCUUGGGGAAGACCUCACUAUGUAG